AUGGCGAGUGUGAGCUUUGCCACGUCUGAAGACCAGUUCCUGUGCUCCAUUUGUCUGGAGGUCUUCACGGACCCGGUGACCACAGCGUGUGGACACAGCUUCUGCUCCUCCUGCCUCAACAAGCACUGGGACGUCUCCGAGAGCUGCCUCUGCCCUGUCUGCAACGAGGAGUUCAGCUCAAGACCAAACUUAAAGAUCAACAGGUUUAUGUCCGAGAUGCUGAGCGAGUUGAAGAACAAACCGGGCUGCAGACCAGAGCUGGGGGCAGCAGAAGCAGGAGCUGUUGUGUGUGACGUGUGUCCAGAUGUAAAGCUGCAGGCGCUGAAGUCCUGCCUCAUGUGCCACAUGUCCUUCUGCUCGCUCCACCUGCAGCCUCACCACACUUUGCCCCGUCUGCAGAGGCACCAGCUGAUCCGGCCCGAGCACGACCUGGACCAGCUCAUCUGCCCAGAGCACGAUCGCCCUCUGGAGUUCUACUGCAGAGACCACCGCCAGCCCAUCUGCGUCCUGUGCACCUACACCCUGCACAAAGACCACCACACUGUCCCACUGAAGGAGCAGUGCGAGGCCCAGAAGAAAGACCUGCAGCAGAAGAUUCAGGAGAGAAGAGGCAAAGUGCUGGAGCUGCAGAGCUCAGUGGAUCUCAGUCUCACCAAGGCCAACGCCGAAGAGGAAGAAGGAGUCCGAUUCUUCAACGACAUCAUCAAAAGUGUUCAACAAAGUAUGGUUCAGUUCAGACAGAGCAUUGAAAAGAAGCAUGAGGAAGUGAAGGAGGAUGCAGAAGGGUUAAUGGCAGAUCUACAGUCGGAAAUCUCUGAGUUGGAGCUGAGGCAAAAGGAGAUGGAGGAGGCAUUGAACUCCGACAACCAUUUAGAUUAUAUACAAUUCUUUACUUCAGUCAAACCUGCUCCAGAGCUGAAUGACUGGACAGAAGUCUCUGUUCAGGUUCCAUCGUACAAAGGCAGAUUUGACAUAGCUCUGUCUGAGUUAAAGAUCAAACUGUUUCCAAAGAUAAGGAUCGCUGUCGAGAAAGCACUGAAACAGGCAAAGAAAUACUCAGUCGAGGUGACUCUAGACCCACUCACAGCCCAUCCCAACCUACACCUGUCCCUCCGUAAUAAACUCGUUCUUUGCAGUCCCCAAGUAAAUCCUCGAGUAGACAACCCUCAAAGGUUUUCAAAAUUGUACAAUGUUUUAGGAAAAGAAAAGUUUUCCGCUGGUCAGUUUUACUUUGAGGUUCAAGUCAAAGACAGACCACAGUGGUUCCUCGGCGUCACUGAAGGAGAUGCUAAUAGGAAACUGAAACCUGACGACUUAACUCCUGAAAAUGGAUACUGGGUCAAGGCCGGUGGGAAUCAAAGGAACCGUUGGUCUUCUACAGAAAAGGUCGGUGUGUUUGUGGACUACGACGAGGGUCUGGUCUGUUUCUUUGACACAGAAACAUCAACAAUCGUGGACUCCUUCACUGACUGCUAUUUUCGCACAGACGUCCUUCCACUGCUCAGUCCUGGAUGGUGCCAUAACGACAAAAACUCUGCUCCUCUGAUCCUUACACCGGUGGUUGCUUAA